AUGGUCCCAUCUCCUCUGCUCACCUCCAUCUCCCCUUCCGCGUCGUCUUUUCUUCUCUCCAUCGCCGCCUCUGUCUCACACCAUGUGCCGCUCUUCUCCAACCCCCUCUCCGCCGCCCCUGCCGUCAGUCCCGGCUUGCACACCUUUGCGCGUCGCGAAGAGAGCGAGCCGCACGACACCAAGUUCAUCGUGUUCGCGACCCUCAUACCCGUCCUUGUCAUCUUGUCGGGUGUGUUUGCCGGUCUAACACUGGGCUAUAUGUCUCUCGACGAGACGCAGCUCCAGGUGCUGAGUAUCAGUGGCACCCCGCAGCAGCGCAAGUAUGCAAAUAAGAUUAUGCCUAUUCGGAAGAACGGGCACUUGCUCCUCGUCACGCUGCUCCUCGCCAACAUGAUUGUCAACGAGACGCUUCCCGUCAUUUCCGACCCUAUCCUGGGCGGCGGCGUGCAGAGCGUCGUCGUCAGCACGGUCCUCAUUGUCAUUUUUGCAGAGAUCAUUCCUCAAUCCGUUUGCACUCGACAUGGGCUUCUAGUUGGUGCAAAGAUGGCCCCAUUCGUUAGGGUGUUGUUGUAUACUCUGGGUAUUGUCGCGUGGCCCGUUGCAAAACUUCUUGAAUUUAUCCUUGGACCGCAUCAUGGUAUCAUAUAUCGUAGAGCUGAGCUGAAAGAGUUGAUCGCAAUGCACUCAUCCAUGGGCAUCCACGGUGGCGACCUUCGUUCCGACACCGUAACCAUCAUUGGCGCGACGCUCGAUCUGCAGGAGAAGACUGCCAAACAAGCCAUGACUAAAAUCGACAACGUCUUUAUGUUAUCGAUCGACGCGAAAUUAGACUACAAGACCCUCAAGCAAGUGUGUGCCACUGGACACAGCCGUGUGCCCGUGUACGAGGAGGUCGAGAUGCCCGACAACGAAGGACAGUUGGUCAAGGUCAAAAAGAUCGUCGGUGUUCUGUUAGUCAAGCAGUGUGUGUUGCUAGAUCCGAAGGACGCCGUCCCUGUUCGCAGCGUUCCACUUAACAAGGUUCCCUCGGUCGCCCAGAACGAGCCACUUCUUGGCAUCCUCGAUAAAUUUCAAGAGGGCCGUUCGCACAUGGCGAUCGUCUCGCGUUUCAGCGUCGAGAAGGCCGCUAGCGUGAAGAAGGCCGUGAAGAAGGGCCUUACGCAGCGCUUGAAGGACCGUGUCGGGAUCAGCGACUCAAGCUCGAGCGAUACAGACGAGGAAGAGGACGAGAGUGGGGACGCCGCGAGCGCGAGCAGGGGCUCAUCUGACCACGACGUCACACUCAAGGGUGACACGCUCUGGGAGCGCGACUUCACGGCCCCGAAAUCGGGCUCACAUUCCAACUCUGGGGAAUCGCCUAAAGAGGAGCGCGGUCACUUUUCGUUCAGAAAGAAACGCAAGAACGGCCGCAAAAAGCGCCGAAGCAGGCCGACCGACCUAGAAAUGGGCGUUGUAAAUACCACGGAGACUCAUGAGUCCAAGGACGAGAACAAGGAGGAGGUCGCCAAGGCGGCGGAGCUCCAAAAGGCGAAGAAGGAUAGUUUCGUUCAGUUGCCGAAGUUCAAACCUGGGCUCGAGCAGAGCAUGCCGGCUGACGCGGUGCUGAGCCGUGAGGGGGCGGGCCUGUUUUUGCAAGGCUACGAUCCUUUCAUUUCACCGCUUGGUAUCAUCACGCUCGAGGACGUUCUGGAAGAGUUAAUCGGCGAAGAGAUCUACGAUGAGUUCGACCCAGAGGGCGCUGGUCACGGCGAGCCGUCCGGCUACAUCCCGCCCCAGUCGAAUUCACUCUCGGCCAUACACACUCUCCCGCGCAAAGGCUCAGCUCCGCAACUUUCCAGCACCACCAGUGAUACGCUGACCUUGAAUAUGCACGGCAAACCGGUCAAUAGCGCACCGCCCGUUCCCGCGCCGAGCGCGACAUCAGGGAUAAUUCGACCGAUCGCAAUCCCGGCGCUCAAAGGCCUUAGCUUCUUGACCACGCGGAGCAGGAGUGCGCCGCCUACGCCUAGACCUCAGGACGUGAAGGAUCCCAGCAACAGCGGCGGUGACGCUUCUGGUAGCACCUCGGGGUAUCUCGCGGAGAAGGUUGCGGACGGCGACGAUAGGACUGUAGAUGCUGUCAGCUCGGCACAAGAUCAAGGGCUCGCGCCGCCGAGCAUCAUUGUGGAUGGUCCUGCCAGCGUGCAGGCGGGGCUUGUGGUCGAGGAGUCGCUGAGGGCUGCGGUUCGCGUACAGCAACAACAGCAGGGCGUGUCGCGCAGCGCGUCGCCCGCACCGUCGAUCGAGGCGCGCAUCUAUGAUCGCAAUCGUGCGCGAAGGGUCUCGCAGACGCAAGUUGGUGCGGGUGCGGCCAUCGGAGUCGGUGGCAGCAGCACUGGUGGCUUGAGCGCUGGAAGCAGCGCUCUAAGGGUGGCAACACCGUCGAGCAAGGGUGGGAGGUUCAAGAGCAGCCCGCUUGGUAGUGUCGGCGGCGUCGGAGUAAGUGGUGUGGACGGAGCUAGUGGAGGUGGCAGCGGUAGAGGAAUGGAGGCUGUGGACGAGAACGAGGGGACGGAUGUAACCGAUGAGGGCAGGCGGAUACCGGACGGAAUGGAGAAGGUUGGGCCGGAUAAGGGUGACGAGGAGGAGCAGGGGUAUACGGUGUGA